UAAAAACCCUCCCGCCUCUCUACCAGACACCUUGCGAGGCAGCCCAGACAAGAAGACAUCUCGCGAAAAGGUCAAAGGCAAAGAAAGAAAAAAAAUGCACUGAACCCCCGCGCGAGGCUCACGCGCCCCGAGCAGGUGUCCCAUCCAACAUUAGUUCGGGAGGAAAAAGAGGGCGAGGAAGAACAAGAAGAGCAGGAGGAAUGAAGAAACACCUGAGCCCAACCAAGCAGCAGCCGGUGGCGGCCGCGGCGGCUGCCGCCGGUACCGAGGUGACCGUUAAACAACUCAACGAGCUCCUUUCCGACGGCAGCGGCUUCUACAACCUCCCGACGCAGCACUUCAACGAGGUCUUCCCGCGGGUCUACGUCGGCAACGCGUUCGUGGCCCACAAUGCGAUGCGUCUGCAGAAGCUCGGGGUGACGCACGUCCUCAACGUGGCAGAGGGCACCUCCUUCAUGCACGUCAACACCAGCGUGGAGUUCUACGCCGGCACGGGCAUCACGUACCACGGCAUCCAGGCCAACGACACGGAGCACUUCCACCUCGGGGCCUUCUUCGAGGAGGGGGCCGAUUUCAUCGAGAAGGCCCUGGCGCACAACAACGGCAAAGGUGGGUUCAUCCGGAGCCGUGGACAUCUUUCUCCUCAACGUUGCCGCCCUUAAAAAGUAACCAGUUGUGGUACAUUAUUAUUAUUAUUAUUAUUAUUAUUAGCGGAGUCAAAUGUUGAGAGUGUAUGUUCGCCAAGCAUCAGCAUGCAAGUGCUAACGGGGAGUCCGCUCAACAAAA